CAUCUAGAAAGAAAGAAAGAAAGAAUAGGAGGAAAAAGGGUUUGUUUUUAAGCGCAUGGCCAUGGCGCAACAAGAAAUCACAGCUGUCCACUGCCAUUCUCCCCCGCAUUUAUUGCAUCCCCACCUUCUUUCCUUCAUUUCUUCCUCUCCCUCAUUAAUUACCCAUUUAAUAUCCAUUUCAACCUCCGUAUGCAUCCUCCAAAUUCCACCCUUUCUUCUUUAAUCUUUAUCUUCUUCUUCUUCCACCCCUUAUAUACAUAUAUAACGGACCUGCAUUUACUCGCCCUUGCAUCGAGCCUACGCUCCUCCCCGAGAAAACCCAGAAAUCUUUCGUGGUUUUGAUCGAAGCCCAGAAAUCAGUUUUCAUGGCUUUGGCGGCUGAUGUUGGGGCUCUGCUUCGGAUGAUGAAGGAGGGUCAGACGGCCAAGAACGACGAUCAGACGGCUCUGAUUACGCGGGAUUUGUUGGGUGGGUGUUACGCCUUGGAGACCAAGGAAUUGGACCUCGAGUUGCAGGUUCCUUCUGGCUGGGAAAAGCGCCUCGACUUGAAGACGGGAAAAGUGUACCUCCAACGAUGCAGCUCUUCGGACACAUCAUCCUUUUCAUCGGACCAUAACCACCAAUCCAAUGGAACAGUUCCCAAACUCCAAGACCUUAACUUCCCUCCACCAUCAAAACUGCCUUUAAACCUUUUUGAUGAAACCAGCUUGGACCUAAAGCUUGUUUCAUCAUCGUCACCGGCAAAUUACCAGAGCGUGUGCACUCUUGAUAAGGUAAAAUCUGCCCUUGAAAGAGCCGAGAAAGAAGAAACCACCAGGAAGCGGUCGAUGCCCAUGGCCAAGUCGUUGUCGCCCUCUUCAAAUUCAUCUUCUUCCAUCAAUGCAAGCGGAAUGGAGUAUAAGGAGAAAUCAUUUUCAUCAUUUGCAGCUGGCUGCCCGAGGUGCCUGCUUUAUGUGCUGAUAUCAAGGAACAACCCCAAGUGCCCGCACUGCAACACCAUUGUUCCUUCACCCGUGGAGAUGAAGAAGCCUCGAAUUGAUCUUAACAUAUCGAUAUGAGAACAAGUCUAGUUCUGUUUUCACGGUUAAAUUCAAUUACUUGAUUUUUGUAAAUGAUAGACAAUAGUUUUGUAAAUGCGAUAUAUUUAGGACUGGUGUCCCCUAAUAGAAAUAGCGAAUAUAAGUUUCCAUA